AUGACUGCUUGCUCGCUUUACCUCGGAAUUGCCUUUGAGGAAUACUACGUUGGUAAGGUAGAGAGCGAUUCAAGGUUAGAUAAUGACGAUUAUUUGUUCAUUAUUAUUGGGAUGCGGACUCAAGCUUACAUCGUACAAGCUACUUGCAACCAAAAGGAUUGGAGGAUUAGAUGGAAUCGCGAUUAUCAGUAA